CGUUCCUAAGCCGACAGGUGGGGCCGGGUUCUGUCUCGCCGGAAAGGGCGGGCCGCCCGGUGGCCUAAAGUUCCGGCGCGCAGUAAGGCGGCCUAGCUAGUGAUUCUCACGCGAGGCGCGCGAGCGGCUGGAUGACGUCACGGAAUGGGGGAAAAGAGGGCGGCACUCGAGUGGGUGCGCAUGCGCAAGAAUGUGCCUGCGGGACUGGAGCAGAGCGGGCUGCGGGGGUCUUCCCGGCGUAGGCGGGAUUUCCAGUGUUACUUGCGGCUGGACGUGGGGGACUAGCUGCCUUUCUGGCAGCAGGCAGGAAGCCGCAAAAAGUUUCUGAGCCCGCGAACCUGUAGCGGAAGUGGAAAAAGAACGCCCCUCCUCAAGUGUCUGGCUGAAAGAUGCCACCCAGGGAAGGGAACUCGGGCUAGAUAAGGAGGCCAUUCUUGAUGUUGCUUCUAGAUCUCAUGUCAUCACCGAGCCCUCAGCUGCUGGUGGCAGCUGCUCAGCAGACCCUUGGCAUGGGAAAGAGACGGAGUCCACCCCAAGCCAUCUGCCUUCACUUAGCUGGAGAGGUGCUGGCUGUGGCCCGGGGACUGAAGCCAGCUGUGCUCUAUGAUUGCAACUGUGCAGGGGCAUCAGAGCUCCAGAGCUAUCUGGAGGAGCUGCAGGGGCUUGGCUUCCUGACCUUUGGACUUCACAUCCUUGAGAUUGGAGAAAACAGCCUGAUUGUCAGUCCUGAGCAUGUAUGUCAGCACUUGGAGCAGGUGCUGCUUGGUACCGUAGCCUUUGUGGAUGUUUCCAGCUGCCAGCCUCACCCUUCUGUCUGCUCCCUGGACCAGCUUCAGGACUUGAAGGCCCUCGUGGCUGAGAUCAUUACACAUUUGCAGGGGCUGCAGAGGGACUUAUCUCUAGCAGUCUCCUACAGCAGGCUCCAUUCCUCAGACUGGAAUCUGUGUACUGUAUUUGGGAUCCUCCUGGGCUAUCCUGUCCCCUAUACUUUUCACCUGAACCAGGGAGAUGACAACUGCUUAGCUCUGACUCCACUACGAGUAUUCACUGCCCGGAUCUCAUGGUUGCUAGGUCAACCCCCAAUCCUGCUCUAUUCCUUUAGUGUCCCAGAGAGUUUGUUCCCAGGCCUGAGGGACAUUCUAAACACCUGGGAGAAGGACCUCAGAACCCGAUUUAGGACUCAGAAUGACUUUGCUGAUCUCAGCAUCUCCUCUGAGAUAGUCACACUGCCGGCUGUGGCCCUCUGACUUUAACUCUCCUCCCAUAUAGAAGGUACUCAGUAAAUGAUCAUCUCUAGGUUGGGGAUGGCAAAUAAUCAUCUCAACUGCCAAUUCCAAGUGUCUUGAGUACACUAAGGCACAAUGCUGUAAUCAGUUGGCCACAAAUGCAAAGGGCAUGUAAAUAGGUAAUGGUGGUGCUAGUAGCAAAUUGGUAGAUAGUACAUACUUGCCAUUUCUAUACUAGGAAGUCCUCUUAGUGGAGAUGUUUUCAUUUUCACUAGAUAAAAGAUAGAAAGAGAUGAUAGAGGAAAAGCAGGGUGGUGGAAGACAAGCCAAACACUCUUGCAUGGUAACCUUGUAAAUAUACCUGCUCUAUGUGGGUGCUGCCUGCUAGGAAAGUAGGGCUGGGGGCUUUUCUGCAUGUUUAUAUGCCUCCAACUGAAUUUGAGGAGAGUAGACCACCAGUAUGCUUAAAUAUGUGAUACUUGUUAAUGUAAUACACCAUUGAGGAAUAAACACAGUUCUGAGGAA